GCUGUCAAGCCAUAUACACACGCAUACUACAGUACUGUCUCUAUGCGCGUUAUUUGUUUGGACAACGAAUGAAUCUGAAAUUCCACAGAGACCGGAACACACGACAAAGUAUGGUGACUGCAAUAUAACGCCUAUCGAGCUGGACUAAAGCGACUCCGUGACAGGAAAGUGGUUUUACAAAGGUUUAUAUUAGUUAAGAGUCGGGUAAAAGGGUUGAACAGGCUUUCCGGUUGCUAACGUACGUUGCAGACUAACGUUAAUGCUAAUAAGCUAGCCUCGGAGUUCUAUAUCCAGCUUCAUUAGCCUAGCUGGCUAGCUAGCAAGCUAACAAGCUGAUGUAGCGACAAGCUGCGGAGUGUUCUAGGAAAUGCGGUGGGAACUUGUCUGGAGGUCUUUAAUUUUGUUGAAAUUUUCAUUUUAACACUGACCAGUAUGCCAUUGUGUGAUAGCCGUUGCGAAUGAAUAGUGAGAGCUGUGUUAAUGUGAAAGUGGCAGACGAGGAGGUAACGUUAGUGAGGUUGGGUUGCUCAGGUAGUUAUGAGCAUUUUCAACAAUUUAACAUCUAACGUUACAUUAAGCUCUUCUGUGAGCAUCGACAGUAAAGGCGCACCGGUCAGCGACGCUACCAACAACAACAACAACAAGGAGUGGGAUUUGGGAAGCGAUGUGUUUUCGUACUGUCACGAGAUGAGUCCCAUGGAUGACACGAUGCAGGCAGGGAUGUCCUCGGUCCAGUCGGGACUGGACGGACACCUGCCGCUUCUACACGCCGGACACCACAGCACACAGGACGGGUUGUUGUUUGACCUGAGUUCCCCGGCAGCCUUCCUCGACAGCAGCUCUCUGGAGUACAGCGACAACGACGGAAACAACGCGGGUCCGUUGUUUGAGAAGAGAAAGAGGUCGCGGUCCAACAGCUCCAGAACCCGCCUCAACGAGGUGGUCACUGAGCUCGGUCCUGAGGAGGUGCGGUGGUUUUACAAGGAGGACAAGAAAAAUUGGAAGGCCUUUGUCGGGCAUGAUUCACUUAAUAUUGAACGUAUGUUUCGGAAAUACUGUGAGCUGAACCCUGGUGCAGCAGGCUCCCAGGUCGGCGCUGGGGAGGAAGAGUGCGGUAAUAACGUCUUGGAGAGUAGAGGACUGAACGGUGCAGUCCCGGUGGAGACGAGGACCAGCAGUGUGCACGGAGGCCCGGGGUCCCUGGACACAUCCACCGUGUCCUCGGAGGAGAGGGACCCUAACGCAAUUGAAAUCAACGUUGAGCCAGUUUGUGUCCGGGGAGGGCUCUAUGAGGUGGAUAUUAAAGAGAAAGAAUGCAAUCCUGUUUACUGGAAGCAACAAGACCAUAUCCCAGUCAUGAGAGGCCAGUGGUUUAUUGAUGGCACCUGGCUCCCGUUAGAGGAAGAGGAAAGUGACCUCAUCGAGCACGAGCACCUGAACCAUUUCUUCGGGCAACAAAUGCAGGACUCCUUCGAGACGGAUUUGGUGGUCCGGACCGUCGAUAGCAAAGAUGCCAUCCACAGUCUGAAGCUGAGUCGGACCCAUGUGGAUUGGCACAGCGUGGAUGAGGUAUACCUCUACAGCGAUGCCACCACUUCCAAAAUUGCACGCACCGUCACCCAGAAACUGGGCUUCUCCAAAGCCUCCAGCAGUGGAACGCGGCUUCAUCGGGGUUUUGUUGAGGAGGCCUCACCUGAGGACAGACCCCCUCAGACUACACACAUUGUCUUUGUGGUUCAUGGGAUUGGACAGAAGAUGGACCAGGGACGCAUUAUUAAAAACACUGGAAUGCUGAGGGAGGGUGUGAGGAAGAUGGAGGAGAAGCAUUUUUCAGAGCACAAUGACGAGCAUGUGGAGUUCUUGCCUGUCGAGUGGCGCUCCAAACUUGCCCUGGAUGGAGAUACGGUAGACUCCAUAACACCAGACAAAGUGAGGGGACUGAGAGAUCUACUCAACAGCAGUGCCAUGGACAUCAUGUACUACAACAGCCCCCUGUACCGGGAUGAGAUUACCAAGGGCCUAACACAGGAGCUAAAUAGACUCUACACACUUUUCUGCUCCCGGAACCCUGAGUUUGAGGAGAGGGGAGGCAAAGUGUCCAUUGUGUCUCACUCCCUUGGCUGCGUCAUCACCUACGACAUCAUGACAGGAUGGGAUCCGGUGCGCUUCUGUCAGCAGGAGCAUCACGCUGUGGAGGCGGAGCUGGACCUGCGCUGGAUGUCCUAUGAGGAGAAGCACGUUUUAGAGCAGCUACAGCUCACAAGGAAUAGGUUACAAGAGCUGGAAAAUCAACUCCUCACGCUGGAGGCCUCAAAACCCCCGACACGCCCAGCCCUUAAAUUUAAGGUGGAAAACUUCUUCUGCAUGGGUUCUCCUCUGGCGGUGUUCUUGGCUCUGAGAGGGAUCCGUCCUGGUACCAGCUGCCACCAGGACCACAUCCUGCCAACCUCCCUCUGCAGCAGGCUCUUCAAUGUCUUCCAUCCCACAGACCCUGUGGCCUACAGACUGGAGCCCCUCAUCCUCAAACAUUACAGCAACGUUGCACCUGUUCAGAUACACUGGUGUAGCGAAACUUCCCCCACACCCUAUGAUGAGGUCCGGCCCACCUUCCUGACCCCAGUCAAAGACCCGACCUCUGACACUGAGAGCAUCCCCAGCCCGAGCACCUCUCCUGUACUCGCCCGCAGGCACUAUGGAGAGUCCAUCACCAAUUUGGGCAAGGCCAGCAUACUGGGAGCGGCGAGCAUAGGGAAGGGCAUCGGCGGCAUCCUCUUCUCACGUUUCUCCCGCUCCAACAGCCAGCCCUCGGUAUCUUUAGGACUGGAGGGAGGGGCGAACACUGAGGAAGAGGAGCAGAAGCGGACAGAAAGCCAGUCAGCCUACGGCCUCUCCACUCUGAUUCGGCCCACCUCACCCAUUACUGACACAUCACUGGAGCUGGAGCGGCGCAUCGACUUUGAGCUCCGAGAGGGUCUGGUGGAAAGUCGCUAUUGGUCUGCGGUGACCUCACACACAGGUUACUGGUGCUCCCAUGACAUAGCGCUCUUCCUGUUGACCUUCAUAUACAAACAGAAGACGACGCCCUCUGACCCAGCAGAAGAUACUCCGGAGCCAGACUGAGGCAGCACAUUUGUUACAACACAUGCACACUUAAAUGGUGUCUUAUAACCCUGAAGGGGGUAGGUCACCUUCUUGACAAGACACAAACAGAAACCUCAUUCAUUUAUUUUUCAUGCACACAAACUGCUGAAAUACACUAAAUCUUUUUUUUCCCCCCUUCCUAUAUCUCCCUGUGAUGCAUCUCUUUUAACACUGUGGAACUAAUCUUGAGAAACUGACUUCAUUCCAAGAUGUGCAUUUUUGUCUCUUUUUGUGUAGUGUGCACUCUAAGGGUGACAUUGUUGGACUAGGAACCCUCUAAGGAGGUUCAUCCUUUUGCCAGUAUGACCACGAGCUACGUAUAAACAUGGAACAAGAGUCUUAUGAGUUUGAUGCAACCAUAGGAAGAGCGUUCUAACUUCAUCCCCAAGUCUUCAACCUUAAACAGCUGCAGCCUGUUGAUAAAGUGUCCAUAUACAGUAUUUCCUGUUAAUCAGUGCUAACAUCCAGCCUCCCCCCCGCAGACUCAUUCCAGAGCCUUGUGACACACUUGCCUGACCCUAGGUCCCUGAGGCUUUGAGUUCUGUAUGUGUUCUUUUUAACUUUUCUUUUUUUAGAAAAGUAGAGAGAAAUUGAAUUGUCAAAAAAAAAAUUGUAAUUUUACCUUUUAAAAUAAACCUUUAGCUACCACAAAUCAAAAACAAUGCUAACAAGCAAAUGCAAUGCCUUUCAUAAUUAGCCAAAUAAUAUUACCCGUGCAGAGUAGUUCUGUUUAGUUUUUCCAAACAAAAUUUUUGGGCAUUAUCCCUUUAAUAAUGUUUCGGAAGUAUGAAGAAACGCAUAACAAACAUGAUAUUUAUAUAGUUUGUUUUUCUUUCUCUGUGAUUUUUUUAAUUUUUUUUUUUUUAUGUUUGCCUCUUUUUAACAUUGUUUGACUCUUGAAAUAGAUAUGCACCAAAUAAAACCUGAACAAAGCGCCACUUUUAUAUAGUCAACUAAAACAGAAUGUCCUUUAGUGUUUUCGUUUCAUGCAAAGUACAAUUUUUGUUGAAGUACGAGGCACAAAUUGUCUCUUACUAACAAAGCCGUUACAGUUGAAUGUCCUACAGGACAUCAAUAGUUUGCAUGUGACAUUUACUGUAUAUGCAGAGGUUUACAACCACAUGAGGCUUUUAUCAAGACAUGCAUAUCUACGCUCUUAAACAAGGGCUGGACAUGUAGAUUUAUUUUCUUACACCCAGUCAAUUCUUUUUUAAAUCUCUUUGUCAUGUCAUUUACAAAACGAGGUCUCACCCAAAACAAUCAGUCAUUCAAACUCAUGCUUCUAUAUCAAGGAAAGGUUAUGGAGAGAAUUUUCUGUGCUAUAUCUUUUGAUAUUCAGAUGAAAUCAGCGGUAGGCCUACUACGUGUAUUUUUUCCUAAAAAAAAAAGUGAUUUUCCUAGUGAUCUCAUCUCUGGGAAAAUGAAAUUCAAAUUUGCGGCCAAAUAACAUUUGUGUCUAACUUAUUAGCUGCUUGGCAUUAGUCAUUCUAAGGCAUACUCCAAUGAAAAAGUAAUUGGCCCUGCGGUAAGAAAUAGCUUCGUUAUUAUUUUUGCGAUACAUUGCACGCAAAAUUGUAUCUCUUACCUUUUCUUGUGACCAAUUCACACUUUCCUCUUUUGGGCAAUGGACAUGUCAGCUUGUGUUUUUAUUUGUGUGAAAGGUUUUCUUUAUUUAAAAAAACAAAAAAGGUGUGUUUUCCAGCCACCAGACAUGUUGUUGCCUAAUUGACACUACUCACAAAUUUACUCCAAAAAGAAAAAAUGUGGACAACUGGAGACAGCAAAUCAAUGUUUUCUAAACAUGUUUCACUUAUCAUGGCUCUUGCCUUCGGUUUGUCAGAGCAGUUCUGAAAAAAAAAAAAGAACAUACUCCUGUAAUGACGGAUCGUGCGUCAGUCGAAUGUGGUCCUUUUAAAAACACGCCCAGUAAUGAUUAUGCAGAAGUUAGAAAACUGACUCACUUUGCAUGCUGUCAUAUUAAUGGUAAAUGGAUGCUGGAACAAGAAGACAUUGCGGAGAGUGCCAACACACAUCUAGGAAACUGCUUCGUGUUCUUCAUUGAACAGAAAAUCUCUCAUGAUUGGUAAUGGACUUCUAAUGGAAUCAUAAGACUUUUGCAAGGGAUGAAGAAAUGGAAUUACCCUUAGAUUUAAGUUAGUCACGUGACAGACUUGAUUAAUUGUCAGUGUCAAAUUUUCUUUUGUGUCCUACUUGUUAUAAUAUGGUAGUUAUAUGAGCACUUAUUUUUUUAUUUGCUAUGGUGCAAUCUGCUGGUUUACUGUUCCUUUCAAUCGGGAGCUGUUGUUGACUGGUCUACCACAGAAUGGAAUCCAUUUAUUGGUAUUUAAUGUCUGUCAUUUAUGCAAAGGCCUACUGACUGAAACCAGGAUGCCUCUUUUAGAUGACCAGAUAUAUGACCAGGAAGAAGUAUGGAAGCAGGGGCAAAUACGGGAGAGUGAUAUGAAAGCGUUUCUACGUUUGAUCUGUUUGAUCUUGGCCAUUCGUUGACUAUGAAUUUCACAGAAAUUGUGUAGAAAACAGCCAAUUGUUGAUGUUUAUUUUUUUUUGGGCUCAGCAUGUGUUACAUUGCAGCAGUAGAUGCAGAAAGCAGUUUUAAUAUUUUACUUGGACAGUAGGCAUGCAGUUUACCUGGGAGACCUUAGACAUGUAAUGCAAAAUACAAGGACAGUUCCAUUGAUGCCUCUGUAUCUUUAAAGUCGCAGUGUGUGAGUUCAGACACGGCAAAUACACAUUGUUAGAGUGUGGACAGGCCAUGACAAUGACAACAAUGUUCCUGCCAGUGUUUGUGAUUCGGCUGUGUGUUUCCAAAAUGUAUAUGAUCUUUGCAUAUUUUCCAUUCUAGCAAUUCUUGAUUCAAGCACAGAUUUUCCAACUACGUUUACUCUGCUUGAAAAACAAAAGAAGCUAAAAGAGAACUAGACUGGAGAGCAUUAACGAAAACCUUUGUCAAGAUACAUCAUACUUUUGACAAAAUGAGCAUUAAAUGCACAGCAUUUUGAAUGAUAACAGAAUAUUAUUUUGUUAAAGGAACCACAACCAUCAGGGAAAUGUCCGUUUUUAAAUGUUUUGUUGACCAGUUUGAAGCCAUCGUUAAGGAAAAGAAUGGAGGGCUGUCACAGAUGUGUUGUCAUUCUUUAAAAUGUUCAGAGGGGCCUGCAGCCAUAUGUAAUCAGUCACUGGGUGAAAGAGAAAUAAGCAUUGAAAUCGAUCGUGAAUGAAAUGUGUUCGAUUUGUGUCAGAUACCACUGUUGCUCUAACUUGGAUGUCUCCGAAAAGUGUUUUUGUCUCUCCUUAGAGCUGUGCAAUAACCCAUGCCUGUAAUGGAUUCUAACUGCCAUCCAAAGCACUGUAUUUAUUUCCUUUUAUUAAAGCAUUUCUUUUUUGGAUUCA